CAAUCCGUUCUUCGAGGAGUACACCAUGGGCUGGCGCGUGUUGUUGUUUAGUUGCCUUCUUGCGUCCUUAUCCACUCAUGUCAGAUGCCAGGUAGCAUUAGAUCUAAUGGGUUUCGGACCAGACAAUCCAGCUUCUCUUCAGUUAGUAAUGUUCGCACAAAAUAAUCCGUUCCCCCCCAACUACACGACCAGCUCCGGUAUUCCUGUGUCUGAUCCUGGUACCGUGAUGACCGCAGGACCCAACGGGCCCAUGCUAGUCCAGGACACCAGCUUCUUCAACGAGCUCCAGCAUUUCGACAGGGAGAGGAUCCCGGAGAGGGUGGUCCACGCCAAAGGAACAGGUGCAAUGGGAAGCUUCACUGUUACUAACACGGAGAUCACUAAUUUCUCUGGUGCCUCAUUAUUCAACCAAGUUGGUAAGACAACUCCCAUCUUCAUCAGGUUCUCUCAGGUCGCUGGAGAAUCUGGUUCUGCUGAUACUGUCAGAGAUGCCCGAGGGUUCGCAAUUAAGUUUUACACAGAGGAAGGUAACUGGGACUUGGUAGGCCUCAACAUGCCUGUCUUCUGGAUCAGGGACCCACUUUUGUUCCCCAGUUUCGUGCAUUCGCAGAAAAGAAAUCCAGUGACACAUUUGAGGGACUGGAACAUGUAUUGGGACUUCCUUUCGCUGAUGCCCGAGACCACUCUGAUGAGUAUGUUCGUUCACAGUGAUCUUGGUAUUCCACAGAAUUACAGGAUGAUGAACGGCUUCGGCCCCAAUACCUUCUCUCUUGUAAACAACCAAGGAGAGUAUGUCUUUUGCAAGUUCCACAUGGUCAGUAAUCAAGGAAUAGCCAAUAUGGACCCGUCAACGGCCACUCAGGUGGCAGGGGCUGACCCGGACUACUAUAUCAGAGAUCUUUUCAACUCCAUUUCUCUCGGAAACUUCCCGUCUUGGAACCUGAGCGUGCAAGUCAUGACUCCGUCUCAGGCUAAGAAUUUUGCUUGGAAUCCUUUUGAUGCUACCAAGCUGUGGCCAUUGACAGAAUAUCCUCUGAUCCCCGUUGGGAUAAUAACCCUCGACGAAAAUCCCGAUAACUACUUCGACCGAGUUGAGCAGGUAGGAUUCGAUCCGCAGAGGUUGAUACCUGGCAUUGAGACGUCUCCUGACAAAUUACUUCAGGGUAGGUUGUUCUCAUAUACGGACACUCACAUGCACAGGCUGGGCGUGAACAAUGAAUUGAUAAAAGUGAACGCACCUUUACAAACUGCUAAAGUGGCUAAUAGGCAAAGAGACGGCGCUGCUAGAACUGAUAACAACCAGGACGGAAGCCCUAACUAUUAUCCCAACAGCUUUAAUGGUCCAAUCGCCAAUCCAAGAGGCAAGCAGGCAGCUUAUCAAGUCUCAGGAAUGGUCGCUGCAUAUGAUACAAGCAAUGAAGAUAAUUUCAGUCAAGCCACUUGGUUUUGGAACCAGCUCACAUCAGAUGAAAGAAGCAGGCUGGUAUCUAAUAUCGCUGGAACACUAGGUCUUGCAGCUCCGUUUAUUCAGGAGAGAGCAGUAAACAAUUACUUACAAGUGAGUGAUGAUUUCGGAAACGCCCUUGCUGCAAGCUUAGGAAUAAAUCCUGCGUCCAAAUGA